AUGCCCCAAGGAAGCAUCCACUGGCAAGGGACGCAGAGGAGAGCCUGCGGUCCAGGAGCCCACUGGAAUGUUCAGGUGGUGAGAGGCAAGGUGACAACGCGGUGCUUAUGGUACGCCUGCAAAGCUCUCGGAAUUGGUCUGCUACUAAUGAUUUUAGGAGCUUGCAUGGCGAUCAUAGGGUACUAUGCAGAUCAGCUAUCCGUGGCGCAAGAAAUCAGAGGUAAUCUUACAAUAAGAGUGAAGAAUGAAUCACGUGGAUUUCAUCUGAAUAACCUCAGUUAUGCUGGCCCAAUCGUAAUGGGCGUAGGAGGAUUUAUAGUAGUAGCAGCAUGCGUAAUGACCUUCGAGGCUCGUGAUAACGCUGCCAAAGUAGUGCCAGCCCGUUUUCGCUUUAAUCAAACGUCGACAAUAAAAAACACGAGGAAUCAACGGAACCGUAGGUCCACGUCUAGUCAAACGACCAAAUGGGAUCAUCAGCUGGGUGUGUUCAAAGUGAAUAGAAGCCCGAGCCCGAGCAUACAAGAAGUCUCUAGAAAACAAUUGACAGCGGAGUUCAUGCAGUUCUCGAAAGAGCUGAACGAGAAACAGGCUGGGCAUUCGAUCAAAAAGAGUCCCAGUGCGCCAACGCUGAUAGAUAAGAAAUCACCUCGUAAAAGAGUACCAAAGUAUGCUGGAUGUGCAUUAUUAAACCCAGAAUUGUUGCAAAGGCACGCUCUCUCCGUUGAUAAUCCAAGCUACAGUCCUCAUCAGGUCAGCAGGGAGAGCUUGGAUCAACAAAAGAUGGGAGGCAGCCAGGUCUCGAUGGCAAUGGAUCUGCACAUCCCUAAUAAAGGUCCAGUUACCCUGAAAGUCAAAGAUAGGUCAGACACUGCGAGACGUCAUCAAUUGCUUCGGCAGACAAAAGUCGAUUAUGUCGAAGAGGUCGAUGAAGCAGUUAAAUCCCCAACGGGACGUGGUCAUUCGCCUAAAUUAUCAGGUGCCUAUAGCAAAUACCCAGAUGAUUUUGUACCAAGGAAAAGAAAUUCGAUAGACAUAAGAUUGCUCGAGGAAUUGACCGCGACAAAAGACCUUACAAAAAUAUCCCCUAGAGAUUUCCGCAAGAUCUCCUCGCCGAGCUUCCAUAAAAUGUCAUUCGAUAAAGGUGGAGGCGAACGUAGGAUCGAGAGAACUAUGGGUCAACGUAAAGCCAGUCUAGAGUUCAGGAAGAGUCCUGAUUUUCGCAGAGGAGAUUACAGAAAAUUGUCAGUGGAGAGAUUUAGUAUCGAUUGCACCAAAUACCUAUCCGACGAGAUGGAAAUGAGAUCAAGGGCAAGCAGCGGCGAAAACCUCAGAAGAUCACGGCAACCUAAACUACAUCAUUCCAGGUCAGACGACAAUAGGAGGACAUCCUUCGAGAAACAGCAAAAAGAUUCGCAAUCGAGCAGAUACUCUUUGAACACGCAAGCGGUUAUCGAAAGUGGCGGAUCCGAGGCUGAGUUUAAGUAUUUCACAGCAACCUCACUCGACACAGAGGAAAGUCGAGCAGACAAUUCCGACGAAAGCCAUGCAGUUGAUAACGACGAAUCAAUCGUUGUAAAUAUAUCGUCUGACGGGCCGACUGAAUCUGAUGCCUUACUCGAAGAGCCUGAGUUAGAAAAUCUCCCUGAGGUGGACGUUGAAAGCUCUAGGGACGAUCUGGACGAGACUGAAACAUGCGAUGAAGUUACAUUAAAAAUUGAUAAUUCGAUAUCUGAUCGAGCAGCAAAGAAACAGGAGCACAAAGAGAAUAAUAUUCUUAGUGAGACUAUAAGAUUGCAGGAUUUUGUAAAAGACGAGGAAACUAUUUUGUACAUAGCAGACGAUGAGGUUUGA